AUGGUCGUUGAGUACUGUUCGAACCACCUGCGUCGUGCCCGGCGUCGUGCCGGGCGUCGUGCCGACCCCGCUCCUGAAGGAACCGAGUUGCAGCCCGUCCCAAACCCCCCAAAUGCCGAUAUGCCGAGCCAGGCAUCUACGAACAGUAGAUCGAGUGCUUCUGGCGGGUCGUUGAUAGACGACCCCAUUCCCAAUUCGGAAUCACUCCCCGUACACUCCAAUCCUAGUGUUAUGGUUAUCUGUGGAAGUAGGGGGAUGCGCGCAGGGGAGGGGGCCUAG